UAGAUAGCCCUUCUAGUUUCCUUGACAUUAAAUACAACACCAUGGCCGAUAAAGCGCAGAUACAAGAUGCGAUUAAAACACAAGGAGAAGUCGUGCGGAAACUAAAGACAGAAAAAGCUAGCAAAGAACAGGUCAGUAUUCACGGCCAAUCACGAUGUUCCGUUUUAUUGACAUGCGGUGGAAACACACUCGUGCCAUAUGCGAUAAACUAGCGGUAGCAAUGCCAUAACACCGGCCACUAUCAGAUGAAUGAAUCGCAACAUAGCUAACUCAAUUAGAAGUGACAUUCAUAUUAUGGCCAUUGCGAAGUAAAUAAUGAAUGAUAUUCUGAUGCAUGUGGUUAAGGUAGCUAAUAAUAGUGGCCCAAAUUAUACAGCAAACAAUAGCUAUCAGGCAUCACAGUUGAUGCAAUCUCCUGUUAUUUGGCAUAAUAGUAGCAAGAUCGCUGUCUUGGCAUGCACAAUGGUUCGUGGACUGGUCAUUCGUUGUACAUUUGUUUUCCUGCCUGUGUGAAUACAUGGUUCCUUUCAAUGGCAGAAUGUUGAGCUUCUUGCACUAUCUCAAAGAGUCUGUCCCAACCUUUAGUCUCUAUCCUCAACUGUAUAGUUCUCUCUCUACCAGUUUCUCUCUGCCUCUCUUUCUCUCUGCCUCUCUUUCUCUCUCUCACACUAUUUCUGUGUUUCUAUAUCUUUUUCAUUUACCUGUUUGUGUAUGCCAGGGGGCUGGAUCUCACUGACUCUCUUCAGACCUUCCUACAUCACCAGGCCAGGGUCGUGUUCAGUAGGACACACAGUUUAAUUAUUUUGUUUAUAUAUCCUGAUUUGUGCAUCCUAUACACGGCCCAGUGCUUGUCUGGUCCAGAGGUAGGCCUAGUUCUGAUUCCAGGGGUCAGUGAAGUCCCGCACCCACCAUGUCUCUGUGCUGUGAUAGGCUUGUUGGUUUGAUUGACCCCUGCCUCUCAUGUUUUGUCCUCCAUGUUGUGAUGAUGCGUCAUGCCCGCCCUCCUCCCUAGUGAUAGGGUUGCUCACCACUUUUCUCCUGUUCUUCCUGCUCGAUGCCAACCACCCUGCUGGGGCCAAAUCUUCAUCUACCUCCUCCACAUGUCACUACUUGGGAUCCAAACACUUCCACUGGAUAUUCCUGGAUAACCCUGCUUUUGAAUUGGAUAAUCCCUCACCUGGCUUGGUGGAUUUUGCUAUUGGACUGUACUGCGGCUGUGAUACCGCACUCCUGAACGGCCAUUUUGGUUGUUGUUUUUUGGUUGCUUUUCCUGCUGCGAUGAAUACCCUGGUUAUGGCGUCCCUGCGUCUGUGUGCGGGGUUGGCGGGCCGUCGGUCUGGAUUAUGUGUCCGCUCUCUACGCACCCUCUCUGGGAUGACUGUGUCUCAGGUAGGACCCAGAUUCUGGAGGGUGGGAUGGGGAUGGGGGAGGAUCUGUUCAAGGUCCUGAUGAACACUGAUUUAACCGUGUUUGUUUGUUUCUUUCCUAGAUCGAUGAGGAAGUGGCCAAAUUGUUAGAGCUGAAGGCUCAGAUUGGAGGAGAUGAAGGCAAACACCAAUUUACGCUCAAGACUGCCAAGGUAUAGACUGCCACCAUGGAGAGUGCAUCUCACAGGCAGUGGAUGAUCAUUAAGAUAACUUGUUGUGUAAUAUGUUUACUACUUGUCUUUAUUGAAAGUCCAAAUCACCAGGUGAUGGAUUGUUUAUGCACUCUUUUUCUCUCUCUCUUUCCCUCCAUCUCUUCAUCUCCCUCUCCUUCUCUCUCUCAGGGCACCAGGGACUAUAACCCUAAGCAGAUGGCCAUCAGAGAGAAAGUCUUCAACACCAUCAUCCGCUGUUUCAAACGCCACGGAGCCGAGACCAUUGACACGCCCGUCUUUGAGCUGAAGGUGUGUGUGGGUGGCACACACACACACACAACACACAGUUGAUGAAGAAUAGAAAGAGAUGAACUAGCCCCUGGAUUUUAAUGCAAAUGUACUUAGGUUGACCAUUUUCUCCCAUCUGUGGUUUUGUAGGAAACGUUGACGGGAAAGUAUGGGGAGGACUCUAAGCUCAUCUACGACCUGAAGGACCAAGGAGGAGAGCUGCUGUCCCUUAGAUAUGAUCUCACUGUAUCCUUGUAUUAGUCAUGAUGCAUAUAUUGCUAAGUGGGAUAGGCUGCAGGUUGGUCAGUUAAUUCCCAAAGUUUUUCAUAAUCAUGCCUCUAAAGCAAACCAACGAUAUGUCCCCUUGUGGGUUUUAUCCACGUUGUGAGCCAAUCAGGUGUCUACUAGUCCUUGACCUCGCCCCCUCCCAGGUGCCCUUCGCCCGUUACCUGGCCAUGAACAAGAUCACCAACAUCAAGCGCUACCACAUCGCCAAGGUCUAUCGCCGUGACAACCCUGCCAUGACACGGGGUCGCUACAGGGAGUUCUAUCAGUGUGUAAGCAUCAGAGCGAUUAGUUAUUGGGUGAAACGCAAACUCUGGUGUUAGACUUUCAACAUCAACUAUAACAUUGGAAUCCUUCUUGGUUUCUGCUACAUGCAGGUGUUUGUGGAGACCCAAUUUCUAGCUCUGUGUGUGUGUCUAUUCCCCUCCCAGGAUUUUGAUAUUGCAGGCCAGUAUGACCCCAUGAUCCCAGACGCUGAGUGCCUGAAGAUUGUCCAUGAGAUCCUGAGUGAGCUGGAGCUGGGAGAUUUCCGCAUCAAGGUAGAUCAGAGACGCAUCCACACACACAGCACCCACGGUCAAACAUCAUGAAAUGCAAUAUGAAGCAAGGAAUUCAUGAGAGGUGUGUGUAUUUGUAGACUUACAACUCUUCUCCCCACCAUAAUAUCCUCUCUGUGCAGGUGAAUGACAGACGUAUUCUAGAUGGAAUGUUUGCAGUUUGUGGCGUUCCAGAUGACAAGUUCCGUACCAUCUGCUCCACAGUGGAUAAACUGGACAAGGUAAACCCACUGCACCCAACCCAACUCUUAUGUGGUUAAGGAAAUGGAAUGCUUAACAAUAAGCCUGAACAAUGUUUUAAUAUGCAAACCAAGUAAAUAAGGAUAAAAUGUUCCUUUAUUCCCUCUUUCUCUCUCUCUGUAGAUGUCGUGGGAGGAUGUGAGGAGUGAGAUGGUGAAGGAGAAGGGUCUGUCUGAGGAGGCAGCCGAUCAGAUCGGACAGUAUGUCAGUAUGCAGGGUGAGGACAGAUCACACACGCAGACUGACCUUUGACCUUUCCCCUGUCUGACUGGUUGGUUGGUGUGUGUUCCAGGGGGGAUGGACCUAGCUGAGCUCCUGCUGCAGGACGCUAAGAUGUCGCAGAGCAAGCAGGCGUGUGCUGGCCUCACAGACAUGAAGCAGCUCUUCAGCUACCUACAGCUCUUCCAGGUCACAGACAAGGUGAGAGGUCGUCUGGUGACCAAGGUGAUAUGACUGAGGUAAUCUGUCCAUCAACAGCUUACUCUGUAGAGGCAUUUAGUUUAACAUAAAUAGUUUUUUGGGGGUCAGUGGUUAUACAGAUGGGUGUCACGAUAUGAUCAGCUGAAAUUAGCCAGAGAGGUUGCAGUCCCUUUUGCCAUAUCAUUAAUCUUGUGGUCCUUCCUCCCGUGUCCUCCCUCCUCUCCUCCCCCUCUCCCAGGUGGUGUUUGACCUAAGUCUGGCCCGUGGGUUGGACUACUACACAGGAGUGAUCUAUGAGGCCAUUCUGACCCAGACCGGCCCGGUCCCUGUGGUGGCGGCCCAGAAGGCUGAGGAGGGUGUGAGCGUGGGCAGCGUGGCGGGCGGCGGGCGCUAUGACGGCCUGGUGGGCAUGUUCGACCCCAAGGGCAGGAAGGUGCCGUGUGUGGGGGUCAGCAUCGGCAUCGAGAGGGUUUUCUCCAUCAUGGAGCAGAAGGCUGAGGUAAGGAAGGGGGACAGGGCAUUAUCAAACACUGUCUGAUAUUUGCUGCCAGCUCUCCACACAGGCUGGUUUAUUGCCAGAGAGAGACUGUUUCUGACUGGUGUGUUGGGGUCUGGCUCCGCAGGCGUCGGCGGAGAAGGUGCGCACCACAGAAACUCAGGUCAUGGUGGCCUCGGCACAGAAAAACCUUCUGGAGGAGAGACUCAGACUGACCGCUGAACUGUGGAACGCUGGGAUCAAGGUGUGUGUUCGAUCUAAGAUUGAUUACAGUAAGUGAGAGAUGAGCGUGUAGAUGACUUCCACUGCUGAAAAGGCUGAGUGUGGGUAGUGGCUAUUCAUAAGAGGAACCUUUUAUAGCACUGAUAUGACCGUGUGUGUGUUGUCAGGCAGAAGUGAUGUAUAAGAAGAACCCCAAGCUGCUGAGCCAGCUGCAGCACUGUGAGGACUCUGGGAUCCCCCUGGUGGCGAUCCUGGGGGAGCAGGAGCUCAAGGACGGGGUGGUGAAGCUCCGAACGGUCCACAGCCGAGAAGAGGUGAGAUUCACACACCAUCUGUUGGUAAACACACACUCUUAAAUACAACACCACCCCUCACACGUUCCUCUCUGGUCUGGUUCUCAGGUUGACGUGUCAAGAGCAGAGCUAGUGGAGGCGAUCAAGAAAAGGACCUCAGACGUCUAAGUCAUGGUUCUGCCUGACAACAGCACCCCGGCUCAUCACCUGAUUGGCCCAAAAACAGUUGUUUGUUUACCACAGGUAAACAGGUCUCAUCGCUGACCACCCAAAGCCCUCCACACGCCAACAUUCUCAACUGUGGAAUUUGUCCUGAUUCCCCAAUAGUUUCACUUGUCCAGGCCUCUCAUAUUAAUGGUCUUAAGAAAAAGGCAGUGGUUUCAUGCCGACUACCCAGACACCUGCAUAGCCUCAAGG